CGGUCCUCCCGGAUGACGUCAGGCAGAGGGCAGCAGACGAGUCAGCUGAUGAGGAAGGAAGGUUUUCUCUCGCAGCGCCGUCCCGUUUCUCUGUUUUGAUAGAAUAUUCUGCAGUUCGUGGGGGCGGUUUAAAGAGCCUGCUUAUAGUGUUUGUCGUCCUCUAACGCAACCGCGAACGCUCCUGUGGUACGGGCAGUGCGGCCAUGGCGACCACCAUCUCCACGCAGAGGGGGCAGGUGUACAUCGGGGAGCUGCCCCAGGACUUCCUGCGGAUCACGCCCACCCAGCAGCAGCAGCAGAUCCAGCUGGACGCCCAGGCGGCGCAGCAGCUCCAGUACGGGGGGGCGAUCGGCACCGUGGGGCGGCUCAGCAUCACCGUGGUGCAGGUACGUGCGGGUCAGUCUGGGGUCCUCUUCCAGCAGCAGCCUCAGCUUUCCCAGGAGUCUCCCAUCCAGGUCCUGACCAGGCUGACACUGCUGAGCUCUGUCCUGCAGUCUGUCCCAGCCAGCAUGGUGAUGCAGCCCCAGCCUGUGGUCCUGAUGCCCACUGUGUAUCAGCAGGGAGUCGGAUAUGUCCCGAUCUCAGGAGUGCCGGCGGUCUACAGCCCCGGCAUGGUGCCGGUGGGCCUGCCCGCCGCCCCCGCCCCCCCGCCUCAGCCCCAGUGCACGGAGGAGGACCUGAAGGCUCUCCAGGACAUGUUCCCCAACCUGGACCGGGAGGUGAUCCGCUCGGUGCUGGAGGCGCAGGGGGGCAGCCGCGAAGCCGCCGUCAACUCCCUGCUGCAGAUGACGGAGGAGUUGUAACGGGCCGGAGGGCGCGGCCGCACGCCUGUAUAUAUCUCCGCUGUCUGUGUGUACUUGCGUGUACCCGUCCAUGCGUGCGUGUGUCUCGCCAUGCAGUAUAUGUGUCUGGCAUUUUGUAAAGGUAGCAAUAUUUAUGGGGUCUUAAUCGGGUUUCCGUCGCACGAGCUUAGAAAAACGGAGCUGAGAAAAUAAACGAAAAAUCGAGAAAAAAGACGAAGCCGCCCGGCCGUCGUCUGGAGCGCCCGGGGGACGGCCGCGGCUCGAGUCCGCGCGCUCUCGUCGGGAGAGGACCGGAGGGGGGCGGCGGUCUUGGAGCCGGUCUGCUCGCUGGGCUUUUUGUUGCAGGACCGGGCCGCGACUGCGUCAGUCCAGAAGUCCCCAGUGGGCCGUACGACUGGGAUGCCAAAAAAAAAAAGCUUUCUCCCUCGAUGGAUCUUUAUGCGGCUGUACUGCACCUGUAUAUUGACACACACACACACACCCGUAGACAGUCUGUGGAAUAUUAUUGAUCUCCGCAGGCCAGGCUCCUGCUCUGGCGCCUGGCGGUUUGUUGCCAUAAGGCAGG